AUGGCCCCUCGCCGCGCCAACUCGUCUUCGUCUGUUCCUCAAGGGUACAAAGAGGAUCUAUCCAAGGGGAAGAUGCUCCGGUUCGAGGCUUCCCUCCCGAAACUCCCGGUUCCAGCCCUGGAAGAAACCGGCAGACGAUACCUCAAAUCAGUCCAUCCGCUUCUCACCGAGUCAGAAUUCCAAAAGACCUCAAAGGCCGUCGAAGACUUCGUUAAACCAGGUGGUGAGGGAGAACCUCUCCAGCGGCGGUUACUAGCCCGCGCUGCUGACCCCCAGCAUGCGAAUUGGCUUUACGACUGGUGGAACGAAACCGCGUAUCUCGCCUACCGUGACCCCGUCGUGCCAUAUGUCAGCUACUUCUACUCCUACCGGGAUGACCGCCAGCGGAGGGACCCUGCAAAGCGCGCCGCUGCCAUCACCACCUCCGUACUGGAGUUCAAGAAGCAGGUGGAUGAUGGAUCCCUGGAGCCGGAGUAUCUACGCAAGGAGCCAAUGGCGAUGAGUUCAUACCAAUACAUGUUCAAUGCCUGCCGUAUCCCAGCUGCGAAGGCCGAUUAUCCCUUCACAUAUCCUGCCAAGGGAAAUGAACAUAUUAUUGUGAUCCGCAAGAACCAGAUAUUCAAACUACAAACCCACGCCAAUGGCGAGCAGCUCAAUACCUCUGAGCUUCAGCAGCAGUUCGAGAAAAUCUACCAAAAGGCGGAGAAAGUCCAGCCAGUUGGUGUGCUUACCUCCGCUAAUCGAGACUUCUGGACCAACGCCAGAGCAAAUCUCAUCAAAACCAGCGCCGCCAACGAGGCUGCGUUGGAGAUCAUCCAAAGCGCGUCAUUCACUGUCUGCCUAGAUGAUGCCUCGCCCGUCACACUGGAAGAGCGCGCACACAGUUACUGGCACGGUGACGGCUGUAACCGCUGGUUCGACAAGCCCCUCCAGUUCAUCGUCAACGAGAACGGCACCGCCGGCUUCAUGGGCGAGCACAGCAUGAUGGAUGGCACCCCAACCCACCGCCUCAACGACUACGUCAACUACAUGAUCUUCAACAACCGCCUCGACUACUCCAACCCAGAAAUCCGCUCCACCCUCCCAGACCCACAGCCCAUCCACUUCGAGCUCAAUAAACAAGCCCUCGACGACAUCGCCACAGCCAGCCACGCCUUCACCACGGUAAUCGGCCAGCACGAGCUCCGCGUCCAAGCCUUCCAGGGCUACGGCAAGGGCCUGAUCAAGAAAUUCAAAUGCAGCCCGGACGCCUACGUACAGAUGGUCAUCCAGCUCGCCUACUUCAAGAUGUAUGGCAAGAACAGACCGACCUACGAGUCCGCCUCGACGCGCAAAUUCCAACUCGGCCGCACGGAGACCACUCGCUCCGUCUCCGACGAGAGCGUCGCCUUCUGCAGGUCCCACGCCGACAUCAACGUGACGCGCGAACAAGUUGUGAAGAACUUCCGCGCCGCGCUCGCCGCGCAUACCAAGUACACUGCCGACGCGAGUGUGGGCAAGGGCGUCGACAGACACCUGUUCGGGCUGAAGAAGCUCAUCGCGGACGGGGAGAAGGUUCCUGCGCUCUUCCAGGACCCUGCGUAUUCGUACAGCAGCACGUGGUUCAUCAGCUCUACCCAGGUGAGUUCCGAGUAUUUUAAUGGAUAUGGCGGGAGUCAGGUUGUGGAUGAUGGGUUUGGGAUUGCGUAUAUGAUUAAGGGGAAAAGCAUCCAAUUCAACAUCGUCUGCAAGAAACUCGGCGCGGAGCGCAUGAGCUUCUACCUCAACGAGGCCGCUUGCGAGAUCCGCGAGCUUCUCAUGCCAGAUCUCCUGGCUGAGUCGGAGAAGGCGAAGCUGUAA